UGUCCGGACGGAAUCAGAACACUCAUUUUCGGUCUCUAAAAGUAGUUUAGAUUUAAAUGUUUUUGAACCGGUAAAUGUUAUAACUGUUACGGGUAAUGGAGGGAAGAGUGAUUGGAGCAGGGCCGUACAGGGCAACAAAGCUGUGGAAUGAGACCAUUCAACUCUUCCGUGGAGGUAUGCCAUUAAGAAGACAUUGGGCACACUUCCGCUACUAUGACUGCAGUUUCUCAGGGUCCGAGGCGGUGGAUUAUCUCCAUCAGCUUCUCCGGCACAAUUGCAACUUUGGGCCAGAGGUGACCCGCUACCAGACCUUGCAGCUGCUCAAAAAGUUUCUCAAAGCUCAUGUCAUUGAAGACAUAAAGGGACGCCAUGGGACGGAGGACUUUGACGAUAACAGUCAUUUGUACAGAUUCCCCACUUUGUCUCCCCUAAAGUCUUUUCCAUCGAGAUCCCUGUCAAGAAACAGCACUGACCUGCCGAGACUCAUUCGCUGGGAUGACUACGAAGAACUACCGCAGCAGGAGAACACAGCACUUGUGAACUCUGCGGCCAUGACUCCCGAUUUUUGGACCAAAAGGCACAGCGUAGCGAUUGGGGAUGUGCAUGAAUGCAAGCUCAUUCGCAGAAAAGAUGUCACUCGCAAGCAGGUGGAUCAUAUCUGGAAAUCAAUGACAGCUUCACAUUUACAGCGAGUGCUGGGUCUAACAACGUUGGAUGGUGUGUUAAAUCCAGCUCACAUAAAAGGCAAUUACAUAGUUCACAACGUCUUCAACGUCAAUAAGUCAGGCAUAGUUGUGUUGGAGAACAAUGCUGAUGACAUGCCAUACUGGGUGAUAUCAGCAAUGAAAUGCUUGGCCAACUGGCCCAAUGCCAAUGACUCCAAACAACCAGUUUACCCAGGAUUUGAAAGGGAUGUCUUGAAAACAGUAAUUGAUUACUAUCAGGGACUUAAAGAACCCCUGUUGACUUUUCAUCUCUAUGAAGUCUUUGUCAACAUUCUCAGUCUACUCCAGGAACAAGACUUGGCCACUGAGGCUCUUCAAGUCAGCAGUCUUUUGCUGCCACCACCCAAUAGAAGGCAUCUUCAGCUUUUGCUAAGACUCAUGGCGCGGGUCUCUAAGAAUGCUCAUCUGCCACCACUCAAUGACACUAUUGCCACCCACACACUGAUGGUGCAGACCUUCUCUCACUGCGUUUUGGGCUCCCCAGAUGAAAUGGACUUAGAUGAGCUGCUUGCCACAAAGCUGGUCACUUUCAUGAUGGAGCACCACAACACCAUCUUUCAAGUGCCCAAUAAGCUGCGCCACCAAGUUGAGGAGCAUCUUUCCCACCUCCGAAGAGUUCAGAUAAAAUAUGCAGGUUCUGAUACAGACUUCAGCACAUCUCCAGCUUUUUAUAAACAGAUUAGCAAGGUGGAGUCGGAGGAGCCGAAGGUGAUCGGUACCCAGACUCCCCUGCAAGACCUACUGGAAGGCCUAAUCUCGGACAAAGAACUUCCCUUCAAGGACAAAAGGAAAAGACUUAAACAGUUCCAAAAAUCAUAUCCUGAAAUCUACCGCAAUCGAUUCCCCUCUGAGGAAAGUAGAGCAGCUGUCAUACCUCAGAAAACCCCUCGGCUCAAACCUCACGUCAUGUUUUUCAAUCUCAAGAAACCCUCAAACCCUUUUCAGAGGAGCUGGAGUUUUAGGGCAUAAACUACACCACUUGAGUCUGGUUUAGUUUUAAGCGUGGUGACUUUUUUCCGAGUCUUCACAUCAGUGUGUGUUUGGGGAAAAAAAAGUUUCACAAACCCUCUGAUGAAAAAGUUUAACGAAAAGUUUGGAAAAGGUAGUUGGUCAUUAUGCUCUUUCAAUUAUAUUCAUUACGGGCCAAUAUGAUCAACUCAUGGGCAGGUGCAGCCGCUAAAGGUUCAAAUAUUUUGUGGUAGCUUGACUAGCAGCUAGGUACUGGGGUGGGAAAUUGCCAAAGUAGGAAAAUAACUUUAACUCAUUUUCUCUUGGUUAUACUUGAACACUCAGUUCAGUAUUAGGUAAUAACUACCCAACUACAGUAACUAUGGACCUUUCCGACCUGUCAAUCACUAUUACAAUAAUAGCCAAUCAGAUAGCCACAUUGUCUUAACCCCUGGCUUGACACGCCCCUCUUCUCAUCAUGUCCCACAAGCAAUGCUGGUUAUCAGUCGCGUGCACUUUGAAAAGUUAAUGUUACAAAACAAAUUUGGUCCUCAGAUGCGCUUGGGGAACGUCCAAUUCUGAUGAAAGAUAUCCAGCUAGGUUACAAGGGGCCCACUUAAUUCAUUGUCCAAGGUCUAAAACACAGUUGAAGAAGUGUCUAUGAUGGAUUAACGCUCGUGGAAGAGCACGCAUUUUACAACUAAGUGUGGACAAUAACAAACACAAGGCUAUAUGCUCGAAGGUAAGUAAGGGUGAAGUAUCUUCUCUUAAUUUGAUUUCACUAUUAUCAGAGCUUUAUACAUUGCAGGAGAACAACUAUCCCUUUGUUAGUGUAUCACUGACCUGCUGAAUGAAGUGUGUAAUGUUUUAUACCGAAGAGUCGGGUUAGUGAUACGUAAAUGUGCGAUGUCAUGCAAGAGAAAUGUCUAUUUGCCUAUUUGUAUCACAUUGGUCUUUUAGGACAGAGCACUGGGUUCCAUCACGAGCCAAGUCAAACGAAUACACCCACUCACUUAUAAAGACUCGUGAUCCUUCCAAGUAAAAAGUACUCACCCUGCUUUACAUGUGCAGUUCGAUUCCACUAUUUUGUGCUGUUGGAUUUCAAUAUGAUGUUUGUGCGGCGUCAAACUUUUUUGCAUCGAUCAACAUUUCGCUGUAACACUGACAUUGCGUCCUGCCCCGUCCAAAAUAAUUCCGUUAAAAUAUCCUUGCUUGAAAUAGUUGAGACCCUCUUGGACAACUCUAGCAUAUUUGGCAAAAAACAUACCGCAAUGUUACCGGGAAUACGCAACAGAGAAUCCAUUUCAAACCUGUUCUGUUCAGUCGCCAUUUUGGAAGAUUGUGGGAGAUGGAAACUGUCGCAAAGGGGUGUGGAGCUGAAGAUCGCCAGUCGGAAAGGUCCAUUGUGGUUUAGAAGGCUGAAAUUAAACAUUAAGAAACCUGCAGCAGAUGAAACCACUAACGACACUGGAAAUAACAAAAAAGAGAUUGUUUGAUCAAUUAAUUAAAAUCAUGUUUACAAUUAACGAAAACAACCACUGCUAUUUGUUACAUUGAGUUAUAAUUGCAGGUACCUGCUAAAAUGUUAUGCAAAUUUAAAUUGUACUCGGGUAAAAUUAUUGCAUUUCAAAAAUAUUUGAGUGUUACUGGGUCUAAACAUUAUCACGUCAAAAUCAAUACGUUUAUUUUAAAACACUGUUGCAUUCGGUAAGAGAACUAGUAUAGACUGCAUACAUUUUUAUGUUAGGCCGAUGUUAACUUUCAUUUGUAAUAAUCAUGAUGAUCAGCUUUUUUAAAGUUAUUUGAUGCAAUGUGAACUUAUGUUUUAUAAUUGUCUGCUUUUACCUGCAAAGUGUGUCUUUCAGCAGUUAAAUUUUAAAUACGCAAUGACAGAUACACUUUCUAAUUGAAUACUGGCAAUUUACAAAAAUUCUCCCAACAUAUUCUUUAGAUCUUGUAUGAUGUGCACGCUCAAAACAUUUUCCUUUUUUGUUCACAUACCAGAAUAUACUGUAUGUGGUAACUUUAAUUGGUACAUAUUUCAAUGUAUUAUGAACUAAAUUAUUUGUAACUGCUGUUUUGUCAGUCAGAUUCACUGAAAGUGUUGUUUCAGAGAUGUUUUAUUUUUAUAAAUGUAUCUUUCUUGAUUACUACUCUAAAAUAUUUGUAAAAAUAAUGCUGGAACAACUGUUACACUUGAACUUUGAGUUUGCUGAAAAGUGAAACAUUAUUUGAUGUCUUAAAUGUAUUUUGUUUUGUCCUCUAAUAUCCCGAUUUGAGAUUAUAUUUGUAUUUCUUACUGUAGUAUCAAAGCAUAACGAUGGAAUUUUCUUUGAACAAAAAGAAAUAUCCCUGCAAGAUCAAAGUCUCACUGUACAUAUGUUCAUACCUUGAUUAGAUAUAGGUUAUAUUGAGAUUGUAUUUUUCUCUCAUUUACAUUUUUUCCAGGUAUUGGAUCAUAAUUGCCAAAACUCUUUAGGCUUUAUGACAUAAAUCUGUCCCAUCAGGGCAUGAAAGGUAACCCUAACGCCAUCAAGUGAGAUGCAAGUUAUUCACUAAUAUGGUAUUUAACUUUGUCUGUGCUGUGUGCCAAAUAUUAACUAUGAUCCAUCCAUCCAUUUUCUUAGGCGCUUAUCCCCACAGGGGUCGCGGAGAGCUGUAGCCUAUCCCAGCUAACUUAGGGCAGCAGGUGGGGUACACCCUGAACUGGUUGCAAUCACAGGGCACAUUGAGACAGACAACCAUUUACACUCAGAAUCACACCUAAUGGCAAUUUAAAGUCGCCAAUUAAUGUUGCAUGUUUUUGG